UGGGUCCCCAAACUGGAACCAAUUCUUGAAUCACCUCCUCUGGCCUCUUGUAGAGUCUCACCUGUUCAAAAGCCCCUUAAAAGUCUCAGUCAGCUCUCUAGAGAUCAUGCUACUUUAAAUGGAGCACUGCAGUUUACUGUUAAACAGCUAAGAUGAACACUGAGGAAAGCCAUCCCCAAAUGUGAAUUUCUAAAUCAUUUCCCUGACUCUUAUGUUUCCUCUUGUUACUGUGACUGCCUGAUAAAUGGAGUUAAGGAUGCAGCCUGCACUGAAUUUUUUGACACUACUUUUUCCUACACUCAUCUCUAGAAAGCAGUUAACAAACUCCUAACUACUUCUCUAGAAAAGGCAGUAUUUGCUUUGAUAGUGGUGUUCUGUAUUUAGAGAAGGGUUCAGGGGACUAGAGUCAUGGCUCAGUGGUUAAGAUUGUUUGUUAUGGCAGAGAAUCAGGUU